GUGAGUGAUUGCGGCGGUAGAAAGCGUUUGGCUGCGAAAAGUUUUUUCACUUUUGAGGAAUUUAGUGAUCCGGAAGUGAUCGAGCGCGCGCAGUGAGAGAGUGAGGUGAAGAGUCAGGACCAGAGUAAACACCACCGCGCCCGCCCGCGUUUAAGGAUUUACUCCCUGUAGUGUGUGUGUGUGCGCGCGCGUGUGUGUGUGUGUGGUAAAUAAGUAAGUAAGUGAAGAUGCCGCUCGCGCAGUUCGCGGACCCGUGGCAGAAGCCGCAUCUCGGAGCUGUAGAGAGUGAAGUGAUCAAUGAUGAUGCGAUGGGAGAGGAGGAUGCACCGCUGGCUGAUGAAGGUCCAGUGAAGGAGAUCAGCAUCACAUACCUGGUAAAGGAGGGAUCAGAGAAAGCAGAACCGAGAAAUUUUGAGCUCUGCAAAGUCCUGGGACAGGGAUCAUUUGGCAAGGUUUUUCUUGUGAGGAAGAUAACAGGGCCGGAUGCAGGACAGCUGUACGCCAUGAAGGUCCUCAAAAAGGCUACACUGAAAGUGAGAGACCGUGUGAGGACGAAAAUGGAGCGAGACAUCCUGGUGGAGGUGAAUCACCCAUUUAUCGUCAAGCUGCACUACGCGUUUCAGACAGAGGGGAAGCUUUAUUUAAUCCUGGACUUCCUGAGAGGAGGAGACUUAUUCACACGCCUGUCUAAAGAGGUGAUGUUCACAGAGGAGGAUGUGAAGUUCUACCUGGCAGAGUUAGCUCUGGCUCUGGAUCAUUUACACAGCCUGGGGAUCAUCUACAGAGACCUCAAACCUGAGAAUAUCCUUCUGGAUGAAGAAGGUCAUAUUAAACUCACCGACUUUGGCCUCAGUAAGGAGUCUAUAGAUCAUGAUAAUAAAGCCUACUCGUUCUGUGGAACUGUGGAGUACAUGGCGCCCGAGGUGGUGAACCGCAGAGGCCACACCCACAGCGCUGACUGGUGGUCAUAUGGUGUACUGAUGUUUGAGAUGCUGACAGGGAUGCUGCCGUUUCAGGGGAAAGACCGUAAAGAAACCAUGACCAUGAUACUGAAGGCGAAGUUGGGGAUGCCGCCGUUCCUCAGUUCUGAAGCUCAGUCUCUGCUGCGUAACCUGUUUAAACGAAACCCAGGAAACCGACUGGGAGCCGGGCCUGACGGAGUCGAGGAAAUCAAAAGACAUCCAUUCUUUGCCAAUAUUGACUGGAAUAAACUGUUCCGCAGGGAGUUGAAGCCGCCGUUUAAACCCGCGAUCGGGCGACCCGACGACACCAUUUACUUUGACACCGAGUUCACCGCCAAAACUCCCAGAGACUCCCCCGGCGUGCCCCCCAGUGCGAACGCUCAUCAGCUCUUUAGAGGUUUCAGUUUUGUUGCAGUGGGAGACGAGGAGCUGAGUGAACCUCCGAUACAGACCAACACCAGUGUUAGCACAGUGCUGCAGCAUCGCAGCACGUUAGCGUUCAGUGAUGUGUACGAUGUGAAGGAGGACAUCGGCGUCGGCUCGUACUCCAUCUGUAAACGCUGCGUACACAAGAGCACGGGCAUGGAGUACGCUGUGAAGAUCAUUAAUAAAGAGAAGAGAGACCCUGCGGAGGAGGUGGAGAUCCUACUGAGAUACGGACAACACCCCAACAUCAUCACACUCAAAGACGUGUAUGACGACGGGCGCUCUGUGUUUCUGGUCACUGAGCUGAUGAAAGGCGGCGAGCUGCUCGAUAAAAUCCUCCGUCAGAAGUUUUUCUCGGAGCGAGAGGCCAGCGCUGUCUUACACACCAUCGCCAAGACUGUGGACUACCUGCACACACAGGGGGUGGUCCACAGAGACCUAAAGCCCAGUAACAUCCUGUAUGUGGACGAGUCCGGGAAUCCCGAGUCCAUCCGGAUCUGUGACUUCGGUUUCGCUAAACAACUGCGCGCGGAGAACGGCCUGCUAAUGACGCCGUGCUACACCGCUAACUUUGUAGCUCCUGAGGUGCUGAAGAAGCAGGGCUAUGACGAGGCGUGUGAUAUCUGGAGUCUGGGAGUGCUGCUCUACACCAUGCUCACAGGGUUCACUCCGUUUGCUAACGGUCCUGAUGACACACCGGACGACAUCCUGUCUCGCAUCGGCAGCGGGAAGUUCUCUCUCUCAGGAGGCUACUGGAACUCUGUGUCCAAUGGGGCCAAGGACCUGGUGUCCAAGAUGCUUCAUGUUGAUCCUCAUCAGAGACUGACGGCGUCUCAGGUUCUGCGUCACCCCUGGAUCGUCCACAAGGACCAGCUUCCUAAAUUCCAGCUGAAUCGCAACGAAUCUCCACAACUCGUCAAAGAAGCGAUGGCCGCCACGUACUCGGCUCUGAACAGACGCACCUCUCCCAUGCUGGAACCCGUCGGCUGCUCCACGUUAGCGCAGCGUCGCGGCCUCAAAAAGCUAACCUCUACUGCCCUCUGACCUCUGACCCUCAGCCUAUCAGACGAGCGGACCAAAGUGACAUCACAGAGGAGUGAGCUCGCUCGCACCGUCCUCACUGAUCAGGAGCUUUCUACAACAAACGUGUGUGUGUGUGUGUGUGUGUGUGUGUGUGUGUGUGUGUGUUACACACAUCAGGCGCUUUUAAUCUGUUUCUAUGGGAGAAAGUAAAGACCUUCUGAGAAAAGUGUGUGUGUGUGUGUGUGU